GGACGAUCUCUAGAAUGACAUGUCUCGUGGUGUUUGUUUGUAGAACGAAUAUACAUAGAUGUUGUAGAUGAAAAUGUGUUCAUCGGACAAUGAAAUGGUAGCAUCAAAAAAGCCAUCGGAGGAAGUGGACGCAUUUAUUGGUAGAUCCGCAGACCUGGCGGAAGUCCAAAUAUUCGCCCCCCUUUUUUCUUUUCUUCUGAAACUGCCUGAACAAACCGCCCACAUCGGCGCAGUCUAACAGGCUGGUACUUUUCCCUGGCUCCGAGUCAAAACCAAAGACCAAGUUUCUUGAAAAGCUGGACUCGAACCGAACAGCCAUGGCAGAGCUAACUCAUAUGAUAGACAGCGAGGUGUUCCUGGCCUUCUCUACCUACGCCACUAUCGUCGUCCUCAAGAUGAUGCUGAUGUCUCCUAUGACUGGAUACUUCCGCAUCACGAGAAAGGCAUUUGCUAACCAGGAGGACACCAGUCUGGCCUCCUCGACAGGGGACAAGAAGAAGCUGGUCAGGGUGGAUCCUGAUGUGGAGAGAGUACGAAGAUGCCACCAGAACGACCUGGAGAACAUAAUUCCGUUCGUAGUGAUUGGUCUGCUGUAUACCCUGACGGGGCCCGACCUCUCCACUGCUCUGCUCCACUUCCGGGUGUUUGUUGGUUCCAGGCUCUUCCACACGGUGGCCUACAUCCUCCCCCUGCCCCAGCCCAGUAGAGCUGUGACCUUCCUCAUCGGACUGGUCACCACCAGCUCUAUGGCCUCUAGGGUUCUGAUGACUGCGCUUUAUCUGUAGAGGCUUGAGGGACACACACACACACACACACACACACACACACACACACACACACCACUACAAGGGCCUUGUCUUUGAGGGUCUCCAUUGAAUGUGCUUGAGGAUACAUUUACGUUUAUCAAAGUUGUUCCUUCUGUGUCUGAUAGGAUUAUAACAUGCUGUUACUGCAGUACAUAUCAGAAUGUUACUGACAGUACAUAUCAGGAUGUUACUGCAGUACAUAUCAGAAUGUCCCUUCUGUGUCUGAUAGGAUUAUAACAUGAUGUUACUGCAGUACAUAUCAGAAUGUUACUGCAGUACAUUUCAGAAUGUUACUGCAGUACAUUUCAGAAUGUUACUGCAGUACAUAUCAGAAUGUUACUGCAGUACAUAUCAGAAUGUUACUGAUAGUACAACAGUUUCCACUAGAAAUUGGAGGCCACUCAUCUAAACUUGAUGAGUAAUGCUGUUCCCUCUAACAGCCUCUGUUGAGUCUCAUUCUCUAUUGGCAGCAACAGGAUGUUGAGGCCAGUCAGUUCAGAAAAUAAAAUUUGAAUUUCAAGAGUUUAA